AUGAGCAAUCAGCGCCACUCCGCGACCGGCGGCCGCGGCGGCAAGUCGGAGGCGCCGGGAGCAGCGGCGGCCGCAGCCGCCUCCGCCGACAUAACCUCAACGCGGCCGGCGCCCCUCGCCCUGGCCGCCAAGCCACGUCUGCGCACUCAGCCGCCUCCAAAGGCCUUCCGCUGCGCUGCGUACCAUACACUGGCAGCGACGUCCGACAUCGCGGCGGCGGCAGCAGCUGUGGACGGCGGCCGCCCGCAGAAGUCUGCAGCCGCCGAGUCGACUCGCCUGGCCUCGCAGCCGCCAUUGGCCGAGGAGCGCAUUUCGCGAUUGAUGGCGGGCGGGCGCCGCGUCGCGGCUCCCGGAAUCAAUAUGGGAGGCGGCGGGGGCGGAUGGAAGCUGGAGGCGGGGGCGGCGUCGGCGGCGGCCGCGUCGCGAACAAUGCCGCCCCUCGCUUUCUGUGUAGCGCAGGAAUCAAUCACAUCGGCUCGCGGCAGAUUCGCUCGAUACACACCUGCCAGCCGCGCGUCUCCUGAGACGUCUGCACAGGCAGCGAGCAGGGAGGCGAGGACGCUCUCCACGCUGCUCCAACUGCUCGGCCUAAACACAUCGCACUGCGCCCAGGCGCUGCUCUUAUGUUAGGAAACAGUCAACUGGAACUUCACUCCCGAGAAAAGCUGGUACUAGGAGCGACACAUUCGAUACGACUUACACCAAAGCCACUAGCAGAAUCUUGUUUAACGAUGCAUAGCGCGAAUCGAGAAAAUUGUGGAUGGUGUUACGGGAUACUUUCAGAGUGCUUCAGUACAAAGGACUCCGGUACCUCCUUACAGGACAAGGCUCCAGUCUCUUUUUAUUCCUCGUGUUAAGUCAAGCUAAAAAUUAACACAAGUACAAGAGAGGUAAUAGAAUAUAACAGAAUUAUAUCAAUUUUUUAUCGAGCAUUCUGGACUUGGUGAUUCAGGGUGCGUGACUGUACUAGUUAUAUGGAAACAAGUAACAGCACAAGAUGCAUUUUCUUAACAGAAACAGCCAGUCCAGAUAUCAUCAGUUAUUUAUUUAUUACACUACAGGCCAUUAAAAUUGCUACACCACGAAGAUGACGUGAUACAGACGCGAAAUUUAACCGACAGGAAGAAGAUGCUGUGAUAUGCAAAUGAUUACCUUUUCAGCGCACUCACACAAGGCUGGCGCCGGUGGCGACACCUACAACGUUCUGAUAUGAGGAAAGUUUCCAACCGAUUUCUCAUACACAAACAGCAGUUGACCGCCGUUUCCGCGUGAAACGUUGUUGUGAUGCCUCGUGUAAGGAGGAGAAGUGCGUACCAUCACGUUUCCGACUUUGAUAAAGGUCGGAUUGUAGCCUAUCGCGAUUGCCAUUCGUCGUAUUGCGACAUUGCUGCUCGCGUUGGUCGAGAUCCAAUGACUGUUAGCAGAAUAUGGAAUCGGUGGGUUCAGGAGGGUAAUACGGAACGCCGUGCUGGAUCCCAAAGGCCUCGUAUCACUAGCAGUCGAGAUGACAGGCGUCUUAUCCGCAUGGCUGUAACGGAUCGUGCAGCCACGUCUCGAUACCUGAGUCAACAGUUGGGGACGUUUGCAAGACAACAACUAUCUGCACGAACAGUUCGACGACGUAUGCAGCAGCAUGCACUAUCAGCUCGGAGACCAUGGCUGCGGUUACCCUUGACGCUGCAUCACAAACAGGAGCCCCUGCGAUGGUAUACUCAACGACGAACCUGGGUGCACGAAUGGCAAAACGUCAUUUCUUCGGAUGAAUCCAGGUUCUGUUUACAGCAUCAUGAUGGUCGCAUCCGUGUUUGGCGACAUCGUGGUGAACGAAAACCGGAAGCGUGUAUUCGUCAUCGCCAUAAUGCCGUAUCACCCGGCGUGAUGGUAUGAGGUGCCAUUGGUUACACGUCUCGGUCACCUCUUGUUUGCAUUGACGGCACUUUCAACAGUGGACGUUACAUUUCAGAUAUGUUAGCGACCCGUGGCUCUACCCUUCAUUCGAUCCCUGUGAAACCUUACAUUUCAGCAGGAUAAUGCACGACCGUUUGUUGCAGGGCCUGUGCGGGCCUUUCUGGACACAGAAAAUGUUCGACUGCUGCCCUGGCCAGCACAUUCUCCAGAUCUCUCACCAACUGAAAACGUCUGGUCAAUGGUGGCCGAGCAACUGGCUCGUCACGAUACGCCAGUCACUACUCUUGAUGAACUGUGGUAUCGUGUUGAAGCUGCAUGGGCAGCUUUACCUGUACACGCCAUUCAAGCUCUGUUUGACUCAAUCCUCAGGCGUAUCAAGGCCGUUAUUACGGCCAGACGUGGUUGUUGUGGGUACUGAUUUCUCAGGAUCUAUGCAUCCAAAUUGCGUGAAAAUGUAAUCACAUGUCAGUUCUAGUAUAAUAUAUUUGUCCAAUGAAUACCCGUCUAUCAUCUGCAUUUCUUCUUGGUGUAGCAAUUUUAAUGGCCAGUAGUGUAAUUUCGAUAAUCAGUUUCAAUCUAAACGGCCACGUCUGCUUGAUGAUGUGUAGAGCUGGUUCACUAAAUUGUUGUGCUCACCAAAAAAUACCAAGUGUAAGCGACUAUCUAAAGAACACAAGCUCUCCGAUGAAGCGUUGACCCAGUUCAUGAGUCCGCUCUGCGUAUCAAAAAGUAUCAACUCUUAUCGACUAUUUAAAGAAUGCAAGCUCCUUAAUGACGUGCGGAUCUAGUUCAUGGAUCUAUUGUGAAUACCAAAAAGUACGAAGUCUAAGCUGCUACUUGAAGGACACAAGUUUCUUGACGACUUAUGUAGUCGGUUCACAGAUCAGCUGUGCGUACCAAAAAGUACCAUUCGACUAACUUUUCGGCAUGUACAGCAGCUCUGUGAACCGGUUCGAUGUGUCACCAAGGAGUUUCUGCUCUGGAAGAUGGGCGCUUGGACUGAAACCGGUUACCGGAAUUAAUAACUACUUAAUUGUUUCGAUCUCGACUGACUGUUUCUGUUAUACUGUUACACACGAUCGCUGUCGCUCGGCACUGGCAUCAGAAAUUAUUAUAUGCAUUUUUGUUAUCAGACGCCACGGCCAGCUGCAGCCACCAAGGCCAUUUUCAAAUGUUUACGAGCCUAGCGUCUUGCAAGUAUGCAGAUACACUCUGUAUACCCGCAUGGCGCUAGACUUAUACUCAACUGAAAAUGGCCUUGUUGGGUGAAGCCAGCGAUGGUGUUUGAAAAUAAAACUCGAGCUGCUGCUGCAACUGUUUCCAACGAAUUCAAUCUGAUGAUGGUGAUUAGAUUACGAAAUCAGAAACUAGAAGUUUGUAGAUGGGUUUCGUUAUUUGGGCAGCAAAGUAAGUGUUGUUGGUCAAAGUGGAGAGGAUGUAAAAUACAGAAUAGCAACAGCUAGAAGAGCAUUUCUGAAAAUGAGAAAUUUGUAAACGUCUAACAAAUUUAGAUUUUAGGAAGCCGUUUCUGAAGGUUCUAAGAUACCCCUUAUUCGGAGAUGAGAUCGCAUUUUACUUUAUGUCUAGUUUUGCUAUCUCACUUAAGUGAAGUGACUGUACUAGCGCUGCAUUACGUUGGGAGCAAGGAGCGAGCGGCAGGUCCCCGCGCUUGCUAGCAGAGGCGGUUGGCCAUCACGCGUUUUCAGAGCCAGUAGAAUGAGAUGCCGAUGUAGAGAUCGCUCGUGACGUCACCAUAGAGAUACGUAGGAAAGUAAAUAUAUUCUGGCUUGAAUCAAGUGACCGUUAUUAACAAAUAUUUGCUGACAAAAGUUUCCUUCUGCCACUCAGACAUUAGGAGGAGUCUAUGGGUUAUAAAUACUAUCGUUUAGUAAUAUUACAAAGCCAUGAAACGAUAAUAAUGAUAAAUAAAUGAAUAACUUUGGCAUAACCGAAGACUUACUAUUGUAUAUAAAAUGUACCGAUUGAUCGCUCACGUCACAGACUGUGCACCAUACUCCGCAGUCUUUGAUAGCAUGCCUCUCGCUUUAGUAACGUGGUAGAUCACGCUCUUGCACCGUUAAUAGUUAGUUUAUAAACAGUUUGAACUAGUUCACUUUAGCGUGUAUCUCAAAUAAACGUACACUAAUGGCAUCCUGUGUAGAAAUUAUUUGCACAAAAAAAUCUUCUUCCCACGUCAUUUCAGAAAACAUAGACAGUAGUAUUGUCUUUCAGAAUCCGACGGCGGUGCUACAACUCUGUAAAUGGUCCUAAAACUACGAGAGCACCUCCACGUAACAGGUAGGAAGAAUUCUUAAGCGGUGGGUCAGUAAAUGAGUUCAAGGACGGACUAGCUUAAUUAUUGCAAAAUUCGGAUGGGAAAGCAUAUUCAAUUAUACUGUACGCCCCCUAUACCAACAUCAAAGGAACCACUGGCUAAACUAAGACGUUACUGGAGGUUUAGUACGAGUAGGGGGG